CCAUAGGCAGGGAUUUUUUAAGGAAUGUCUUAUUUCUUUUGGGUGUAUGUGUAUUUUAUUGGAGUGUUUUUUUUUCUUCCCACCUUUUGUACCUGAGGAAAAGAACAUGAAGUUGAAUCUGUGACUUGCAUGCUUGAUGUUGUCUGUGUUUCCAAAAUAUCAAAGUCCGGUACUUCUGAGUGAAGUAGUCGUUACCUGCACCAGUUCAGUGGGGGCUUGUGUUCCUUCCUUCAGAAAUGAUGUUUAUUCUCUUCCAUUUUCUGAAGGCGGACGAUAGAUGGAAGAGGGAAAUAAUUAUCGGCGCUGGGACGAAUUGAUACCUGAUGCUCUGGGGCUAAUCUUCAGCAAUCUGUGUCUCCAGGAGACACUGACAGUGAUUCCCAGGGUUUGCAAAUCAUGGCGCAAAGUAGUGGUAGGACCUUAUUGCUGGCAAGAGAUAGACAUUGAGGAAUGGAGUAACCGAUGCCAAUCGGACCAUCUUGAUCAGAUGCUUCAGAUGCUAAUCACCAGAAGCUGUGGAUCACUACGAAAGCUGUGUGUGUCUGGUCUCCACAGUGAGAUGAUUUUCACUUUCAUUGCGGAGAAUGCUGGCUCCCUUCAGACAUUGCGGCUGCCUAGAAGCGAAAUGAGUGAUCCAAUAGUGGAAAAGAUUGCUGGUAAGCUCUCUACGAUCUCAUUCUUGGAUGUGAGCUACUGUGGUAAAAUCGGUGCUCGAGCAUUGGAGGCCAUCGGAAAGAACUGCAAAAUGCUUGUGGGGCUGUGCCGCAACUUGCACCCAUUAGAUACUGCGGGCAAGCCCAUGCAGGAUGAUGAGGCAUACGCCAUUGCAUCCACAAUGCCUAAGCUCAAGCAUCUUGAGAUGGCUUACCAUCUUAUCAGCACUCGAAGCGUUGUUGAGAUACUAUCACGAUGUCCUGAGCUUGAAUUUUUGGAUUUGAGAGGGUGUUGGGAUGUGAAACUUGAUGACAAGUUCCUCAAGGAGAAGUUGCCAAAAUUGAAGGUUUUGGGGCCCCUAGUCGUUGACUAUUACGAAAGGAAUGAAUGGGAUGAUUGCUCGGAUUCCUCGGAUACUUUCGAGUAUUUAGCCUGGGAAUUUGUUGCCGGUGACAUGGGGGAUUUUGAUGAAGAUGAUGAUGACAGUAGUUACUAUGGGAUGUGGGAUGAUGAGGGAAGGUUGGAGGAGCUUGAGCUGAGGUUUUAUGAAGGAAUCGAUUAUGCAGGGCUUUAUGGUUGGCCUCCAUCUCCAUAAGUUAUGUUCUCUUUCUUGUGAAUUCUCUGUUUUUUAUUUUUAACCUUUUUACUAAUAUCUGGGAACGGAACUUAUGAUUCUCGUUUGGAACUCAAAACUUCUAUGUCCUAUAUUGAUGUAUAUGUUUCAAUGGGAAUGGAGAGGUUUGUUUGUUGUU